AGUGGGUUUUAGGGCACUGCGGGGGGUGUAUCGGCUAUUAGCAGAUGGCCGUACCGGUUGUGCAUUGUUUUCAUUUUGCUUCUCAUUUGUCUUGUGUAAUUGGAUAGGGCAGUCCGUAGCCCGUCUCUGUAUGCAUAUCUCUCUCUCUCUGUCUCUCUCUCUCUCUCUCUGGUUUAUUGUCACUCUGACAUCAGGACUAUUGCAGUUGAAGGCUCUCGCUCCGACAGGGAUAUAUCAUUUUCAGCUACUAUUUCCCAGAGGCUUUUUACACACCAUACCAAGAGAGCUGUGAGGAGAGAGAGAGAACCUCUCCCUUCAUCCUGAGAGUCUGUCUGUCUGUCUGCAGAGCAUCUUUCAUGCGUCUCCUUGUGUCUCAGUCUCACAUCAACAUGAACUGUGAACAGGACUUUGGAGAGGGGGGCAUGAACGUCACCCUUACGCUACGGCUCCUCAUGCACGGAAAGGAAGUUGGCAGCAUCAUCGGAAAGAAAGGAGAGACGGUGAAGAAAAUACGACAAGAGAGCAGCGCCCGUAUCAACAUCUCAGAGGGCUCGUGUCCAGAGAGGAUCAUCACCAUCACAGGACCUACAGACUGUGUCUUCAGAGCCUUCACUAUGAUCACUCUCAAACUGGAAGAGGACCUCACAACUCUGGUCGCCAAUGGCACGGUCACCAGCAAGCCCCCCGUCACCCUACGAUUGGUCAUUCCUGCCAGCCAAUGCGGCUCUCUCAUCGGGAAGGGCGGCUCCAAGAUCAAGGAGAUCAGAGAGACCACGGGGGCACAAGUACAGGUAGCAGGAGACCUCCUUCCCAACUCUACUGAGAGAGGGGUGACGAUAUCCGGGACCCAAGACGCCAUCAUCCAGUGUGUCAAGCUCAUCUGCACUGUCAUUCUCGAGUCACCUCCGAAGGGGGCCACUGUUCCAUAUCGACCCAGCCCCUCAGGAACAGUCAUGAUCUCCGGGAACCAGGUGUUCGAGGCGUCUGAGUACGGGUCACACCCCCUCUUCCAAUUGGCCCAGGGAGGGCUGGAUCUACAACAAACUUACGCUGUACAGAACCAAUAUGGCAUUCCACAUUCAGAGUUGGCCAAGCUUCACCAGUUGUCUAUGCAGCAGCAAAGCCUGGCUGCCCAGAUGAACCAACAGCAGACCAACUCUGUCAUACCUGCAGGAAUGGACUCCAAUUCACAGACCACAUCACAGGAGCUACUCAUUCCAAAUGACCUCAUCGGCUCCAUCAUCGGGCGUCAGGGCACUAAGAUCAAUGAGAUCCGCCAGGUGUCAGGGGCUCAGAUAAAGAUUGGUAGCCAGCUGGACAGCACCAGUGAUAGAGCCGUCACCAUCACAGGGACCCCCAUCUCUAUCAACCUGGCCCAAUACCUCAUCACCUCCUGUUUAGAGACCGCCAAAUCCACCGCCCAGUCUUCCUCCAUGUCGACCCCUGCUGACCUCACCAUGGCCUACAGCCAACCGCCCUCCCCAGCCCAGUCUUCAGCUGUGGCUGCUGCCACCCUGGCUGCCAUGGGCUGCCCUGGCAUGUCCCACUCCCACCCCCACGCUGCAGUCCCCAUGAUGGGCACCCACCCCUAUGGGGCCCUCCCUCUCUCCAGCCUCCUUGGAAUGCAAUCCAUGAAAUCCAUCCAAUCUGUACCCUUCCUGGCUUUAUCCAACCCUGCCGCCAAUGCAGCCGCCGCCGCUGGGGCCCAUGCCCAGGCCCAGAUCUCCUAUACAGCGAAGAUCUCCUCGGCCAACGGGAUUGGGAAGAAACCGGACAGACAGAAGUUUGCACCAUACUGAUGACGUCCGUCUCCAUCCCUCCAUCUCUCCAGCUCUCACUUCCGUCCCUGAGACAAGAAAGAAAGGGGGGAAGAAUGGAGGGAAGGUCUGUUUUUUUGUUGUUGUUAUAUUCCUCCAUUCUCUUCUCUCUUCUAGUUGUGUAGUACAUUCUAGAGACUUUAGCUCUUAUCUUCAAUACACUAGGAGGAACUUUGGAUUGGCUCGUAUAGAAAGCUAUAUUUAUGUUGUCAGGCCAAGGAAGCCUAUCAAGCCAUAGUCUAUAUCUCAGAUGGAACCCAUCUCAGAUGGAACCCAUCUCAAAUGGAACCCAUCUCAGAUGGAACCCAUCUCAAAUGGAAUCCAUCUCAGAUGGAACCCAUCUCAAAUGGAACCCAUCUCAGAUGGAACCCAUCUCAAAUGGAACCCAUCUUACCUUUAUAGUGUUGGCCAGAGCUAAUGGUGCUCCAGGGUUCUAGAGCCCACCAGGGUUCUGAUCAAAAGUAGUGCAUUAUAUAUGGAAAAGGGUUCUGUUUGAGAUGGAGCCGUAGACUAUUCUUACCUUCACUUUUAUCCUCCUCUCACCGUCCUUUCAUUCUACGCUACUGCUUGUAUUUAUUAUUAACUUCUACUGAAAUAUUCCUGCAACGAGUUUAUACAUUUAAACACUGGUGACUGAUGCUCGACUGUAUGUUCCUGUAUCAGCUUUUAUACAAUAAUGUGUGUUCCUUCCUUUAUACAACUCCAAGUUUUUUUUUUUGUAUUUGAAGAAGAAAAAAAAUGUUUUUAAAAAUGACUUCAGACCUCUCUUUUAGUGUUAUUUUGUCAUGUUUUUUUGUCACAUUUUAUUUGAAAUGUGUUGUUUAAUUUAUUUUAUUUAUUAUGACGAGUAUUACUUUUACAAUAAAAUGUUCGUUUUUUGGGGGGAAAAUGGCUCCAGGUACUACUACCAAAACUACUAAUACUUCUCUUCCUUCCUGUCCUGAGUUUUGACUAAAGAAGGCAUUUCCUCCUGUCUCUCACCUCAGAAGUUGUAUCUCCUACUAAAGCAAGGUUUUUUAGUAACUUUAGGUUUUUGUUGAAUAGAGAAAAAGUGUUUUUCCACAUCUUAUAUGUCAAUAUAAUGAAUAAUUUAACACGCUAAAAGCAGGGUACAUGUAUUUCCAACUGUCCCACUGGGAUUUAAACAGCUAAACCCCUCUUGGGAUGAGGGAUGAGGAUGUUUUUCUCACCACAGCUGUCAAACUAAUAUGCCACUUACUAGCUAUUCUUUACUAAUUCUGCAUGUUAGCUCGGCCACACACACACACACACACACACACACACACACACACACACACACACACACACACACACACACACACACACACACACACACACACACACACACACACACACACACACACACACACACACACACACACACACACACACACACACACACACACAUUGGGCUGGGUCUUUGUGUUGACAGACUCUAUAGACCUAAAUAACCACAAGCAAGCAAUACUGAAGUGAAGGACUGCAUCUGCUGUAGCCUGCAGACCAAUAGAGACAGACAGGACAACAUAUAUACUACUACUACUACUACCACUGUAAUACAUUAUAAUUCUAUCUUACUGGGGUGUUAUUGCAUUAGAGACGUGUUGUGUUGAGUUUUUAUAAAUAUGCCGUAAAAUAUGAACUCACUUAUUUUUAUAAAAACACCGAAACGAUGUCAGUUGUAGGGAAUUCACUGUGUGUUUACUUACUAGUAAAUCACUCGUUCAUAGUCUGUCUCAAAAGCUGCCUUCUUCCCUGUACAGUGCACUACUUUUCACCACACUCGCUUGACAUAUAGUGCACUUGUAUUGGCUAGGGUGCCUUUUUCCGGCAUGCAGACAUCCCCUGAACGGUGUUGUGAAACCACUCCGUCCACCGCGCGUGUGUUUCCUGUUCUCUCCUAACGCCGCGUGUGUUUCCUGUUCUCUCCUAACGUCGCGUGAGUUUCCUGUUCUCUCCUAACUCCGCGUGUGUUUCCUGUUCUCUCCUAACGCCGCGUGAGUUUCCUGUUCUCUCCUAACGUCGCGUGAGUUUCCUGUUCUCUCCUAACUCCGCGUGAGUUUCCUGUUCUCUCCUAACGCCGCGUGUGUUUCCUGUUCUCUCCUAACGUCGCGUGAGUUUCCUGUUCUCUCCUAACGCCGCGUGAGUUUCCUGUUCUCUCCUAACUCCGCGUGAGUUUCCUGUUCUCUCCUAACGCCGCGUGAGUUUCCUGUUCUCUCCUAACGUCGCGUGAGUUUCCUGUUCUCUCCUAACUCCGCGUGAGUUUCCUGUUCUCUCCUAACUCCGCGUGAGUUUCCUGUUCUCUCCUAACGCCGCGUGUGUUUCCUGUUCUCUCCUAACUCCGCGUGAGUUUCCUGUUCUCUCCUAACGCCGCGUGUGUUUCCUGUUCUCUCCUAACGCCGCGUGUGUUUCCUGUUCUCUCCUAACGCCGCGUGUGUUUCCUGUUCUCUCCUAACGCCGCGUGUGUUUCCUGUUCUCUCCUAACGCCGCGUGUGUUUCCUAGUUCUCUCCUAACGCCGCGUGUGUUUCCUGUUCUCUCCUAACGCCGCGUGUGUUUCCUGUUCUCUCCUAACUCCGCGUGAGUUUCCUGUUCUCUCCUAACUCCGCGUGAGUUUCCUGUUCUCUCCUAACGCCGCGUGUGUUUCCUGUUCUCUCCUAACGCCGCGUGAGUUUCCUGUUCUCUCCUAACUCCGCGUGAGUUUCCUGUUCUCUCCUAACUCCGCGUGUGUUUCCUGUUCUCUCCUAACGCCGCGUGUGUUUCCUGUUCUCUCCUAACUCCGCGUGUGUUUCCUGUUCUCUCCUAACGCUGCGUGUGUUUCCUGUUCUCUCCUAACUCCGCGUGUGUUUCCUGUUCUCUCCUAACUCCGCGUGUGUUUCCUGUUCUCUCCUAACGCCGCGUGUGUUUCCUGUUCUCUCCUAACGCCGCGUGUGUUUCCUAGUUCUCUCCUAACGCCGCGUGUGUUUCCUGUUCUCUCCUAACGCCGCGUGUGUUUCCUAGUUCUCUCCUAACUCCGCGUGUGUUUCCUGUUCUCUCCUAACGCCGCGUGUGUUUCCUGUUCUCUCCUAACUCCGCGUGAGUUUCCUGUUCUCUCCUAACGCCGCGUGUGUUUCCUGUUCUCUCCUAACGCCGCGUGUGUUUCCUAGUUCUCUCCUAACUCCGCGUGUGUUUCCUGUUCUCUCCUAACGCCGCGUGUGUUUCCUGUUCUCUCCUAACGCCGCGUGUGUUUCCUGUUCUCUCCUAACUCCGCGUGAGUUUCCUGUUCUCUCCUAACGCCGCGUGUGUUUCCUGUUCUCUCCUAACGCCGCGUGUGUUUCCUAGUUCUCUCCUAACUCCGCGUGUGUUUCCUGUUCUCUCCUAACGCCGCGUGUGUUUCCUGUUCUCUCCUAACUCCGCGUGAGUUUCCUGUUCUCUCCUAACGCCGCGUGUGUUUCCUGUUCUCUCCUAACUCCGCGUGUGUUUCCUGUUCUCUCCUAACUCCGCGUGUGUUUCCUGUUCUCUCCUAACGCCGCGUGUGUUUCCUGUUCUCUCCUAACUCCGCGUGAGUUUCCUGUUCUCUCCUAACGCCGCGUGAGUUUCCUGUUCUCUCCUAACGCCGCGUGUGUUUCCUGUUCUCUCCUAACUCCGCGUGAGUUUCCUGUUCUCUCCUAACUCCGCGUGAGUUUCCUGUUCUCUCCUAACGCCGCGUGUGUUUCCUGUUCUCUCCUAACGCCGCGUGUGUUUCCUGUUCUCUCCUAACGCCGCGUGAGUUUCCUGUUCUCUCCUAACGCCGCGUGAGUUUCCUGUUCUCUCCUAACGCCGCGUGAGUUUCCUGUUCUCUCCUAACGCUGCGUGUGUUUCCUGUUCUCUCCUAACUCCGCGUGUGUUUCCUGUUCUCUCCUAACUCCGCGUGAGUUUCCUGUUCUCUCCUAACGCUGCGUGUGUUUCCUGUUCUCUCCUAACUCCGCGUGUGUUUCCUGUUCUCUCCUAACGCCGCGUCUGUUUCCUGUUCUCUCCUAACGCCGCGUGAGUUUCCUGUUCUCUCCUAACUCCGCGUGUGUUUCCUGUUCUCUCCUAACGCCGCGUGUGUUUCCUGUUCUCUCCUAACUCCGCGUGAGUUUCCUGUUCUCUCCUAACGCUGCGUGUGUUUCCUGUUCUCUCCUAACUCCGCGUGUGUUUCCUGUUCUCUCCUAACUCCGCGUGUGUUUCCUGUUCUCUCCUAACUCCGCGUGAGUUUCCUGUUCUCUCCUAACGCUGCGUGUGUUUCCUGUUCUCUCCUAACGCCGCGUGAGUUUCCUGUUCUCUCCUAACGCCGCGUGAGUUUCCUGUUCUCUCCUAACGCCGCGUGUUUCCUGUUCUCUCCUAACUCCGCGUGUGUUUCCUGUUCUCUCCUAACGCUGCGUGUGUUUCCUGUUCUCUCCUAACGCCGCGUGUGUUUCCUGUUCUCUCCUAACGCCGCGUGUGUUUCCUGUUCUCUCCUAACUCCGCGUGUGUUUCCUGUUCUCUCCUAACUCCGCGUGUGUUUCCUGUUCUCUCCUAACGCCGCGUGUGUUUCCUGUUCUCUCCUAACUCCGCGUGUGUUUCCUGUUCUCUCCUAACGCCGCGUGUGUUUCCUGUUCUCUCCUAACGCUGCGUGUGUUUCCUGUUCUCUCCUAACUCCGCGUGUGUUUCCUGUUCUCUCCUAACGCUGCGUGUGUUUCCUGUUCUCUCCUAACGCCGCGUGUGUUUCCUGUUCUCUCCUAACGCCGCGUGUGUUUCCUAGUUCUCUCCUAACUCCGCGUGAGUUUCCUAGUUCUCUCCUAACGCCGCGUGUGUUUCCUAGUUCUCUCCUAACUCCGCGUGUGUUUCCUAGUUCUCUCCUAACGCCGCGUGAGUUUCCUGUUCUCUCCUAACUCCGCGUGUGUUUCCUGUUUUCUCCUAACGCUGCGUGUGUUUCCUGUUCUCUCCUAACGCCGCGUGUGUUUCCUGUUCUCUCCUAACGCUGCGUGUGUUUCCUGUUCUCUCCUAACGCCGCGUGUGUUUCCUGUUCUCUCCUAACGCUGCGUGUGUUUCCUGUUCUCUCCUAACGCCGCGUGUGUUUCCUGUUCUCUCCUAACGCUGCGUGUGUUUCCUGUUCUCUCCUAACGCCGCGUGUGUUUCCUGUUCUCUCCUAACUCCGCGUGAGUUUCCUGUUCUCUCCUAACGCCGCGUGUGUUUCCUAGUUCUCUCCUAACGCCGCGUGUGUUUCCUGUUCUCUCCUAACUCCGCGUGUGUUUCCUGUUCUCUCCUAACGCUGCGUGUGUUUCCUGUUCUCUCCUAACGCCGCGUGUGUUUCCUGUUCUCUCCUAACGCCGCGUGUGUUUCCUAGUUCUCUCCUAACUCCGCGUGAGUUUCCUGUUCUCUCCUAACGCCGCGUGUGUUUCCUAGUUCUCUCCUAACUCCGCGUGUGUUUCCUGUUCUCUCCUAACGCCGCGUGUGUUUCCUGUUCUCUCCUAACUCCGCGUGUGUUUCCUGUUCUCUCCUAACGCCGCGUGUGUUUCCUGUUCUCUCCUAACACCGCGUGAUUUUCCUGUUCUCUCCUAACGCCGCGUGUGUUUCCUGUUCUCUCCUAACGCUGCGUGUGUUUCCUGUUCUCUCCUAACUCCGCGUGAGUUUCCUGUUCUCUCCUAACGCUGCGUGUGUUUCCUGUUCUCUCCUAACGCCGCGUGUGUUUCCUGUUCUCUCCUAACGCCGCGUGUGUUUCCUGUUCUCUCCUAACUCCGCGUGAGUUUCCUGUUCUCUCCUAACGCCGCGUGUGUUUCCUGUUCUCUCCUAACGCCGCGUGAGUUUCCUGUUCUCUCCUAACGCCGCGUGUGUUUCCUGUUCUCUCCUAACUCCGCGUGUGUUUCCUGUUCUCUCCUAACGCCGCGUGUGUUUCCUGUUCUCUCCUAACUCCGCGUGAGUUUCCUGUUCUCUCCUAACGCCGCGUGUGUUUCCUGUUCUCUCCUAACUCCGCGUGUGUUUCCUGUUCUCUCCUAACGCCGCGUGUGUUUCCUGUUCUCUCCUAACUCCGCGUUGUUUCCUGUUCUCUCCUAACUCCGCGUGUGUUUCCUGUUCUCUCCUAACUCCGCGUGUGUUUCCUGUUCUCUCCUAACGCCGCGUGUGUUUCCUGUUCUCUCCUAACUCCGCGUGUGUUUCCUGUUCUCUCCUAACGCCGCGUCUGUUUCCUGUUCUCUCCUAACGGCGCGUGAGUUUCCUGUUCUCUCCUAACUCCGCGUGUGUUUCCUGUUCUCUCCUAACUCCGCGUGUGUUUCCUGUUCUCUCCUAACGCCGCGUGUGUUUCCUGUUCUCUCCUAACUCCGCGUGAGUUUCCUGUUCUCUCCUAACGCCGCGUGUGUUUCCUGUUCUCUCCUAACGCCGCGUGUGUUUCCUGUUCUCUCCUAACGCCGCGUGAGUUUCCUGUUCUCUCCUAACGCCGCGUGUGUUUCCUGUUCUCUCCUAACGCUGCGUGUGUUUCCUGUUCUCUCCUAACGCCGCGUGUGUUUCCUGUUCUCUCCUAACUCCGCGUGAGUUUCCUGUUCUCUCCUAACGCCGCGUGUGUUUCCUGUUCUCUCCUAACGCCGCGUGUGUUUCCUGUUCUCUCCUAACGCCGCGUGUGUUUCCUGUUCUCUCCUAACGCCGCGUGAGUUUCCUGUUCUCUCCUAACGCUGCGUGUGUUUCCUGUUCUCUCCUAACGCCGCGUGAGUUUCCUGUUCUCUCCUAACGCUGCGUGAGUUCAACUUGAAUUGAUGUCUAUGCAACAAAAAAAACAUCUCUUGAUGGUUCAGCAAAAUAUAUUUGUUGUUCUGCGUAGCUGGUAGUAAUACUGAGACAAUACUAACUGAUAGGAACGUUUUUGGAAGAGGAUACAUGGGGGAUUAGCUAGGCACGCAACAAUCUGGGAACUCCACAGCCUGGUUUUCUAGAAAUACCGGUUUGAAAGAUUCCCGGAAUCAGAAGGCAUCAGGAAAUCUGCAAACCUCCAACCAGGAUUUCUAGGUAAAAACCUGGGAAUUUUGAUGAAGGUUACAAUAAUUUUGCAUCCCUAGGAUCAGCAACGUGGCGUUCGUUUUGGCUCAGUUUUUUUACCCAUACGGAUGACUAUAUAAAAGCAAUGCUCUCAUUCCAACUCUUUCUAAUGCGGAAGACACAUUUCAGUUGAAGACAUUCAGUUGUACAACUGACUAGGUAUCCCCCUUUUCCUUUAAUACACAAUAUGCACAUGACUAUAACCCAAUCAAAGGGACACGAAACAAUACAAUAUUGCACUUAAACAUGAGCGUUUCUGUUACCACGGCAGAAUAGAUACCAACAUAUUCUAUUGAUUAGAUACCAUCACACUUCUUGCAAUGUCCUUUUUUUUGUUUGCUUAAGUCCUCACAAGAAAAGUUCUGUCAUUUUGAAUCCACAUGACGUUUUCCCUCUGUUGUUUCUGUCUAUACCAUUCUAAUAAACAAAACAAUAUGCAUCUA